UUUGUCAAAGUUAUCUAGUCUUUAAUUCUUUAACAAUCGUUCAUGAAAUGUUUUUUUUAAUCUUUUUUUUUUCGGAAAAUGUUUUAGUUGGACGUUCGUCUAACCUUUGUUACUAUUGCUUCACAAUGUUCAGCGAACACUUAAAAGUAACUUUUCCAAAAUUUUUGCAAUGAUAAUAUGGCAUUUUCCCUUAACAUUUGUGAACAUUAAGAAAUAAUGUUCUUAUAACUUGGUGAGAACGUUAGCAAAACGUUCUAAGAACAUAUUUUUGUUACCCGGAGAUCAGGGGCUUUCAAACUUUUGAUGCCAAGGAACCCCAAGUAGCCUAUAUGAAGAUCUUGCACCCCAGUCUGAAAUAUGAAGGUAGUUGUGUAUUUUCAUAUAAAGACCAGUUUAUACUGUAUUCAGUACAGUUUAUAAAAUAUUAAGGGCUGUGAGAUGGAGAGUGGACUUAACACGUUCUAAAAUAUUGUAUAAAUAUAAAAUGAAUUGCAAAUUUUAAACACGUUUCCUUGAAUCGGGUUUUCUCUCAAUUUUGCCCCCUGGUCUUGAAUCACGUCUCGAUGCGCACAAGAGAAACUCUAUUUCACACCCAUCGGGCGCUAAAAGGAAAGACCCGCUGCAGCUCAUUGGGAGAGAAAAGUGACGUCAAGGAAAUCCUCACUGCUACUGAGACCUUAAUAUAACCAUGAACUGCACUGAGAGCUCAAAGCACAUUACUGCGCAAAAUAUAGACAUACAGGAUUACCAGGGCAAACAGCACCAAUCCUCACUCGGGUGUACUUAAUUGCCAAGAGCAAUUAGAUCUUGCUGAGCAGGUUUCUGCUGGAUGGGACUGGAUCUAUUAUUGGAGCACAAUUUGGAGCGUCCGAUUUAGUUCGUCAAUUCUUUGUGCAGUCACAGUCGAAGAGACACCCGUCGUUUAACCGAGUGCUUGUCGUCGAAUUGCACAAAUGACCCUGCUGGCGAGCAUGCGGCGCCACAGUAUCCGCGUUCAGCAUCACCUGCACCGGUGGAGCAUCUGCGGGACGGACGGAGGGCAGCUGCUGAGUGAUGGUUUCGCGCGUCCCGACAUCGGUAUGUCCAGGUCCAGCUCCUGCUCGUCCACCUCUUCAGACUCCGCUCUCUCCACCGAGUCUGCGACCCCAGCUUCCGUUGGACCCUUUACUGUUGUCCUGCUCGGGGACAACGGAGUCGGAAAGUCCGCGCUCGCUAGUAUAUUCGCGGGAGCAUCGGACAGCAUGGGCAGCGAAUGCGAGUUAUAUGGAGGUGAAGUAUUUGAGCAGACAAUAACAGUAGAUGGUGAGAGGGCCACCGUUACCCUGCUCGACACCUGGGAUUCACAGGAUGAGAGCAGCUGGACACAGGAGCGAUGUUUGCAGACAGGAGACGCUUUCAUUAUAGUUUAUGCCAUAACAGAUCGUUCAAGCUUCCUUCACGCAUCAGAUCUUCGUAUUCAGCUUCGACGCCAGCGUGAGGCCAACCGCACUCCCAUCAUCCUUGUCGGCAAUAAAUGUGACCUGGUUCGCUGCAGGGAAGUGUCCAUUAGUGAGGGUCGCUCGUCUGCUGCUGUCUUUGACUGUAAGUUCAUUGAAACGUCAGCAGCAAUGCAACACAAUGUCUGGCCGCUGUUUGAGGGCAUCAUCCGCCAGCUCCGUCUGCGAAGAGACAGCACAGAGAACCUCACCAGAAGUUGUUCUCUUCAAAAGCGACGGGAGAGUCUCCCGAAGAAAGCGAAGCGUUUCAUUAACAGAAUGGUUGCAAAGAAGAACAAGCAAGCAGCCUUCAAACUCAAGUCCAAGUCAUGCCAUGACCUGAUGAGUCUGUAGUGCAGAGACUUUGAAUUGUAUUGUGUGAAGUUUGGGUGCAAACAUUUUGGAAAGUAUCUGUUCAAGUGUUUGUUUUUUUUAACUAUUUUGUGAUUUUUAAAAAAAGCCAUGGAUGUCUAUAUUAGACUGUGCUGUAGAAGAGCAUUGAUUGCAGGCUUCUCGCUCCCUCUGUGAAGGACAGAACGCUCUAGUCUUACCCAUUGUCCUUUUCAAAAGCCAACAUUUCAUAAGCCAUGAAAUACUAAAAUGUUUUUGUGGGAACCCCAACGCGCUAAAAGUGGUCCUUUUACUUUUUUAUGAUUUUCCUAAUGGAUUUGCUUUUGAAUUGAGAAACCUCUUUGUCGUACCUUGUUUGUGAAACGUUUUUG